AUACUUGUUGUCCCCGACCAGGAGCUGCGGCGCGCGGUACCACCGCGUCGCCACGUAGUCCGUGUACGUCUUGCCGGGCGAGGCGAUCAGCCUAGCGAAGCCGAAGUCGCACAGCUUGACCACGCCCAGGCGUCACACCAGAGCAGGGAUUGGGACAGGCCUCAACGGGCCUGGCUCCGGGGCGUGGCGGAGGGUAGCGCUGCAGCCGCACCACGCCACCCCCAAGCCACGCCAGCUGAACCUUGCCAGCCAAUCAUGGAGCUCUCUGAGGGAGCUUUGAAUACCAUCAUGAAUGGUGGACAGGUAGACACUCCUAUUAUGCAGAUUCUGAGAAUUAGAAAAUUAUCUAGAGGAGACAAUGUGCGUUACAGAGUCCAAGUGUAUGAUGGCGUGCAUGACACCUGGUAUGCGAUGCUUCAUACCCUACUAAACAAAAUGAUUCUUAGUGGUGAGCUAUCUGACAACACCAUUGUCCAUAUUAAGAGGUACUACACCACCAGUAUAAUACCAGAGUCAGGAAAAGAAGAAAGACGAAUCAUGAUCAUUUUGGAUGUGGAAGUUGUUGCGCCAGAAGGAAACCGUAUUGGCAAUCCAGUCCCAUGGACUGCUGACGGGGCUGCUGCACCAGCUCCAGCGCCUGCAGCUAGAGCUACUAAUGGCCCAACUGUUAAUGGCCACUCCAGCAGUGCUGCUGCUCCUACAGCUUCAGCUCCGAAGCCAAAUCCAUCACCUCAGAAGCCAGCUUAUAAUGGAGGGAACCAGGGGGGAGUUACAGUGAACUCCUGGCUAUCCAAGCCGGACCAACCUUCUUCAAACAACAGGCUUAGCAGUAGUUCAUUUUCGACAAUUGAAAGGAAUGAUGUCUCAAGUACAUCUUAUUCCCCAUCUACAAGCUCAAAUUUGAGGAGAAGUGAUUCAUUUUCAAACACACCUUCAGAUCAUAAUGAUUUUAACAUAGAAGAGGAAGAUGAGGAUGACUUCCAGCAAUGUGUUCUGUCUGAAAGGCCCCCACAGCAAAUUGCCAGCAGAAAACCAUCUGGCAUGCAGUCUUUGCCUUCCACCUCUUCAAAAUCUGUUGCCCAAGUCACUAGUGGAGAUUCUGAAUUAGAACGGUUCCACCAUGGUAUUAGGAAUGAUGGUAGGACUGGAGAAUUUGACGGCCAUUGUUUCAGUCACUCAAAGCAAAUGAGUGAUGUAUUCCAAGCUAAAUUUGGACUACGCGAGUUCCGUCCUAAUCAACUUCAGAUUAUUAAUGCAGCUAUCUUGGGUCAUGAUUGUUUUGUACUUAUGCCUACCGGAGGUGGAAAGUCAUUGUGUUAUCAACUUCCUGCCCUAUUACAUCCAGGAGUCUCAAUAGUAAUCUCACCUCUGAAAUCACUCAUAUUUGAUCAAGUGCAGAAACUUAAUUCUUUGGAUAUUCCAUCUGCGUGCUUAUCUGGUGAUAUCUCCAGACAGCAAGUUGACAAUGUAUAUUCAGAUCUAGGUUUGAGGGAACCAAGUAUUAAGUUGUUGUAUGUUACACCUGAAAUGUUGAGUGCAAGUGAUCAGCUGAAAAAUAUUCUCUCAUCUCUACAUUCACGUGAAAAAUUAGCUCGUUUUGUUAUUGACGAAGCUCAUUGUGUGUCCCAGUGGGGCCAUGACUUCAGGUAUUUACUGAAUGAACUCCGUGUAAAGUAUACUAAAGUUCCAUUUAUGGCUUUGACAGCCACAGCCACUCCUAGAGUUCGGAUAGAUAUCAAACAUCAGCUUGGUCUUGUCGAUGUGAAAAUGUUCCUGUCCAGUUUCAAUCGAUCAAAUUUGAAAUAUACAGUGUUACCCAAAAAGUCAAAAGCAUGUAAUGCUGAUAUGAUUGAAAUGAUCAAGGAGAAAUUUCCCCGCUCGUCAGGGAUAGUGUACUGCUUCUCUAGAAAAGACUGUGAGACAACUGCUCAGGAGUUCACUAGUGCUGGCAUCCAAACUGUAGCAUAUCAUGCUGGUCUUUCUGACAAGGAAAGAGCCACAGCUCAAUCUCAGUGGAUCUCCAAUAAAGUGAAGGUUGUUGCUGCUACAAUCGCCUUUGGCAUGGGGAUUGACAAGCCCGACGUCCGCUUUGUCUUUUACCAUACUAUGCCCAAGUCAAUAGACGAAUACUAUCAGGGAACCGGAAGAGCUGGUCGUGACGGUAAAUUGUCCCAUUGCAUAACAUAUUAUAAAUAUGGAGAUUCCAUACGAUUGAAGUCAAUGAUUGAGAGUGAUCAGUCUUCAUAUACAGACUGGAAUGCAAGGAGAACUGUUCUUGAUAGACACUUGGAAAAUCUCAGAUUUAUGAUUUCCUUCUUUGAAAAUAAGACUGAUUGCCGUCGGUCUCAGCAGUUACACCACUUUGGUGAAUUUUAUUCCUCAGAGAUGUGUUUGAAAAAUAGAGCAACAGCUUGUGAUAACUGUGAGGCUAAGGGUCAAUAUACUGAAACUGAUGUGACGUCGGAAGCUCGGGCCAUAGUGAAAUUUGUUAAGGAUAAGUGUGAUGGAACUGGGCCCAAAUUCAACUUCUCUCUUCUGCACAUGGUAGAUGUGUUCAAGGGAAGUAAAGCGAAAAAAAUAGUUGAUGCAGAACACAAUUUACAUCCUAUGCAUGGCUUGGGUAAAAAAUGGAUGAAAAAUGAUAUUGAGAGACUGUUCCGCAAGUUGGUUAUUGAAAAUUAUCUGAAGGAAAGCCUUCAUACCAAC